CACACUCACUCACAUGCUGCAGUCAUUCAGAGGCACAGCGUGGAGGCUGCACAUACACACAUCAACACGUUUAGAGCGACAUGGCAAGACUACCUCACCGCUGUGUGAUGAUAUCAGUGUGUUUGGCAGGAGCUCUUCUACUGCUGCCGCUCUGCUUGGGUGUUGGUGAUGAUCAGUAUAAUUUUGAUUACGAUUCUACUCAAAACCCCGAGUAUGACUACAACUCAACAUUUGAGUAUUCAUUCUUCAGCAAUGCCAGCAGUGAAGAACUAGAAAAGUUUUUGAUGGGAAGAGAUACAGAGACAGAGACAGAGACAGAGACAGAAACAGAAGCAGAACCAGGAAGAGAAACAGUUGGAGAUGUGCAUGAAGAAAAGCCUACUCGGCCCACGGUCUUUAACACGAACCAGGCAUCUCAGCCAACGCCUGUGUGUUUCCUUCUAACUUUGGUUCUGAUGGUUCAUCCGCUGCUCAGAAUACUAUAGCAGACACACUGCACGUUACAGGACCCUCCUACACAAUCUGAACAGAAGUCCAGAAAGAAGAAGAGCAGAUGAACAGAUAACCUGAACGAAAGGCAUGUGGACAUCCAGUACAGACAGACACACACGUGCUCGUGCACUCACAAGAGCUCAAGACAACGUUGGAUCCAUGACAAGACACAUUGUUCGCUAUUCUUUGUCACCGCUAAACAUGCGCACAGAGUUCAGAGGUCUCGUAGGCUGGAUACAUGGAGUGGAAUGUGAAUGUGAAACACGGCUAAACUAAAUGACAGGUUCGUUUGCGGGGUUUUUGUUCAGCUUGUGACUCGGAGGAGGUGAUUUGAGAAGCCUGAAUAACAAAGAAACCGACAAAAACAAGAUCUUUCUAUUUUUUUAAAGCACAGAUGUGCAGGCUGUCCACGGUCACGUAAAACAAUGCAACUUUGUGGCAAUAAUCAAAAGAAUUUGAAUACAUUUGUCUCAGACUUUGUCUGUUUAAGCAUAUUUGUUUGUCUAUAAUGUGCACGUCCUUUGACUGUCAUGACAAAAAUAAAUGUGUCAAAGAUGUAAAUUGAGAAAGAAGAACAUCAGACAUCUGUGUUACACAAAGUACGAUUUUAAUAUGGCAAUUUUAUCUUACGCAAACUAACUCGGAUUCAUGUUAUGUUUGGGGAAUUGUAGAAACAAGUUUGAAGUUUUACAAUUAGACUGAGCUUUUCUAGUCAUUUUAUACAUCAUGACCUCUUGCAGAUAUUACAUGUAGGCACUUUCCUUCGCCGCUGCACUUCUAAGCCUCACUAUUUCUUCAGUAAUCGAGCACAUUUUUUUAUUUUUCUUACAAAUAAGAAGGGUGAUUUACACCAAAAUGCACAUUGUGAGCCAGGUGAGCUUUUCUAUGUGUUGUUAUCAAUACUGAAUAAAUAUUUUUUCAAGUAA